UUCCAAAAACAAUUCAGCAAUGAACAUGGCAAGUACGUCGUAGUUAUGUCAGACAUGGUACUGACCUCUAUGUUUACGUAUUUCCGGAAUACAUACCAACGAACCCUGCAGCUUCAAAGUAAUAUAUCACUCCACAGUCCGAUAGCCAGGGAUGUCUCCGAARCGACUUUUGCUUUUAGCAUUUCUUAGUUGUUUUCAAAUCCAUCCUCUGUAUAGYGAAGAUUUAGACGAAGUCGAGUCACAGGAAAGCCAGUUACCGCAUUAUUUGCGGGACGAUGGAAUCCGACGCGUUGCUAGUUUGACCAAAGACAACUUCGCUAACACAUUGAAGCAUAGUAGACUUGCUGUGGUUUUGUUUUAUUUGACAUCAAAAGAUCACCCUGAGUCCGAAAAAGCCUGGGAAUCCGACGAAAAAUUGUUGGAGCUUGUUGGACGAGUUCUUCAACCACAGGGUAUCACUGUUGGGAAGGUUAAUAUUGAGCAACAGUAUGAGCUAGCCCAAAGUGUUGGAAUUAGGUAUGCUGGGUCAAUAGUGAUAUUCCAUAAAGGAAAACAAGUGGAUUACUUAGGUCACAGGUCAGCUGAUAUAUUGGUUACUUUUCUUCAUAAGAUGCUAGAACAACCAAUUACUACCAUUGAUACCAAAAAGCAAAGAAAACUAUUUGAUGAAAUUGAAAGCAGCAAAGUGGUUGGCUUUUUUGACAAAAGCAGCUCUCAGUAUAAAGAAUAUCAUGAAGCAGCAAUGAACUUUCAGCCAUUAAUACCAUUUUUUGUAGUCACAGAUAAAAAGCAAGCCAAACAAUUUAGAUUGAAAAAAGUUAAUACCCUUCAGUUUUACAAGCCAUUUGAAAAGCCAAUUGCCUUCCCAUCUAAUAAGGCAAUUACAGAAGACAAUAUAAAAGAUUUUAUAGAAAAGAAUAAAAAAGAGAUUCUUGCAAAAAUUAAACUGGAAAACAUACACGCCGUGUGGUCUGCUAAAGCUAAAGGUUUUCUGAUCACUGCAUUUGUUCGACCAAAAACAGAAGAAGGUGCAAAGUUUUUUUCUUUAGUCAAGAACCUGGCAAGAGGCUUUAAAGAAAAUGACAAUCUUACAUUUGUGUGGGUUGAUCCAGAUCCUUUCCCAAUGAUGCGUGAAUAUUGGCAAAAGUCGUAUAAAAUAGAUGUGACUAAACCAUCUCUGGGUGUUGUAGAUCCAAAACAG